UCGACUUUAGACAACUGGAACAUACUGGGAGAGGCUGUGGCUCUCGACCCCCACGCUAGCCUCCUCUUGCUUUUCAUCAACUCCAGUCUCGCCUCCUCUCCCCCGCCAUCGCCCCGAUCAUUGUUCUCAACAUGGAGCCCUUCACCGAGUCCGAAAUGGCGGCCUACAUCGAAGCCAUGAACAGCGGCAACACCGAGGGUUUCUCGCGCGCCCAUUCCGUUGGUGCUGACAUCCGUCCAGUCGCCCACGAUCCCCUGCCGCCCGUGAACGCCAAGGGCGGGAGAGACGUCCCGCGCGGUUGGACAGCAAUCUACGAGGGCACCGUCACGCCACGCUGGUGCAACAGCUUCGGAAGCAUCCACGGGGCGUGCCACGCUUGGGUCGUCGACAAUCUGUGUGGCUUCACGCUUGAGGUCCUCGCAACCGGCGAGAAGUGGUGGGGCGCACCCAUGGCCGGUGGGGUCACACUCGGCAUCGAGAUGGCCUAUUAUGAGAGCACGGAGAUCGGGCGGAGUGUGCGUGCCAGCGUACGUAUCGAUCGGAUGAGCGGGACGAACGCGUUCGUGACGAUCGAUAUCGACGAGAUUGCGGAUGGGCAGGUCGUCAAGCGACUCGCGAGUGGGCGGCAGCUCCAGACUUGGCGCAAGGCAAAGUUGUAAACCGUGGGCAUGUCUUGGGUUCUUGUGCGCGACAAUCGCGAACUCUGCAGGGCGCUUGUGAGGGGAGACACAGAUGAGAAGAACUUGGGGGCACGAACCCAAGCUCACGUCAGACACUUCAGACGGCUGCAUCCUUAAAUCUACAACACUCUGCCUACCUAGGCCUACUCGCCAACGGGGCGCACUAGCAGGGGCACCACGACGCCCUCUUCGUUUGAGCGAGUGCGCAUGAUGCCCAGGGUUGUCUCGCUGUGCAACGUCGUACCAGGCACCUCUGCCAGCUCGUACGCGCGCAACAGGGUGAAGAGAAUGAUCUUGAACUCGGCAAGCG